CAGUAUGCAACGAAAUCCCGUCAACGAGAGAAGUAAGAACCCCUACAACAAUUCCCGAUUAUUGCGUGUAUGGACGGAGGGAUUUCCGGAGGCACAGCCGCAGGCGGCGGAGCUAGCCCUGCGCCGUUCCUCUUAAAGACGUAUGAGAUGGUAGAUGAUAAGACGACGGAUGCCAUCGUAUCCUGGAGUGGCAGCAAGAAGAGCUUCGUGGUGUGGAACCCCCCGGAAUUCGCCCGCGUCCUCCUCCCUUCUUACUUUAAGCACAAUAACUUCUCCAGCUUCAUCCGGCAGCUCAACACCUACGGAUUUCGGAAGAUUGACCCAGAAAGAUGGGAAUUUGCUAAUGAAGAUUUUGUGAAAGAUCAAAAGCAUCUUCUUAAGAAUAUUCAUCGUAGAAAGCCUAUUCAUAGCCACAGUCAGCCUCAAGGGUCAAUCGAUCCUGAAAGAGCGGCAUUUGAGGAAGAAAUUGAUAAGCUGUCACGUGAGAAGACCCUUCUUGAAGGAAAUGUGUUAGGGUUCAAGGAGCAGCAGUCUGCAGCAAAGGUACAGUUGGAAAAGCUAACACAGCGUAUAGGUAGCAUGGAACAGAGGCAGGAGAGGUUGCUAAGCUUCCUGGAAAAUGCAGUUCAGAAUCCUGAGUUUGUCGAACGCCUGUCUCAGAAGCUUGAAUCAAUGGAUUUUUCUGCAUAUAGUAAAAAGAGGAGACUCCCUGAGGCAAAUCAUGUACAAUCAAUUCAAGACAAUGUUUUAGUGGACAAUCAAAGCAGCUCCAGGCCUGACUUUGGGAGUAUGUCUCACCAAGACUUCUGCAAUAAGCUUAGGUUGGAGUUAUCACCAGCUGUUUCAGAUGUCAACUUGCUUUCUCAUAGCACCCAAAGCUCCAAUGAAGAUGGGGUAAGUCCUCAAAGGAGGAUCGAGGGCUGGUCAAAAGAUGUGCAUGUGAGAACUGCAGGCUUUUUAUGCCCUCCUGAAACGUUAGAGCUUUCAGACACUGGGGCUUCUUUGAACUUAAAUAUGGAUUCAUCUUUGUCCUGUAAAGUGGGACCUGAAAGCCCAAAACUCCAUUCCUUGCAACGCAGCCUGACAUCAAAUGAUGAAGGUGAUGAUCAUCUUUCCUGCCUCUUAAAUCUCACUCUUGCUUCAUCUCCUUUGGAACUCAACCGAGGUCAAAACUUUGAUGGGAUGCCUCUAUCGAGUCAGGAACACUGUACAGUAUCAAGGCUGAACGGCAGUGGUGAUAAAGUUGUUCAUAGGGCUUCCUCAAAGGAUAGAACACCUUCUGAUGACACUCAGACAUUAUCUUCCUCACCUGAUGUUCAUAAUAACAAGCAAGGGCCUGCAACGGUGCAGAACAGGGUAAAUGAUGUCUUCUGGGAACAAUUUUUAACUGAAAGACCUGGUUGCUCAGAUACUGAAGAGGCCAGCUCUAAUUUUAGGGGAAAUCCUUAUGAUGAACAAGAGAGGAAGCCAGUGAAAGGAAUAGCCAGAAACACAAAAGGCAUGGAGCAUCUUACUCUCUAAGAAACUGACUUCUGUUGUUUGCCAUCUUUACUGACUUCUAUAACCAGCACCUUGAAAGAUUGUUAUGUUGUUUGACAUCUGAUGUGUAAUCUUUCCUCAUGAUAGUAUAUUAUGAUUACGUGAGCUUUCUCUAUUGAUAAUGUAUAACUACACCAAAUCUGGUUAAUUCACAAUUGAAAUCUCUUGUUUCAUU